CUACUUUGCUAGGCUAGAGUAUACUUGUCCUAGCCUAGUGUAGAGAGCUUACGUCGGUUGCAACCAUUAUGUUUCCCAAAAGUGAAGUCUCCAAGAGCCAAACCAAAGGACUCAAUUAAUUCUUUAUCUAAUUGACUCGCUAAAACACAACACCAAACUACGGCCAAGUGUAAUCGUAGAAUGGAAAUUCAUAACAGUGGUUCGGUUUUACUUAUCAACCCUGGGCCUAGAUGUACUGCCUACUCUGUGCUUAUCUAUUAUCUAGCGGGAAAAGUUGAGUGCAGUGUUCAAAUCAAAUUAAACAGAAAGCAGGAAACGAUUGUAUUCAUAUUAAGAAGGCUCACUCAAGUAUGAGUCACUCUAGAUUGCAGUUAGGCCAAGGUGUAAUUCACCCAAGUCAAGUUAUUGAUGUUUAAACUGCGGAAAAUUCUCAAACAGUCUGGAGUCUUGACUAAAUUGCUCCAGAACCUCUAGGUUUGAAUACCAGGCGGGCGACAAAUGUCCACCGGCGUGCGCUAACGGAGGCAAUAAGAAUCAAACUUCCUCUACUGGGUUUUGUCCCAGUACAGAGCAGUGAAUCGACUUCUCGACUAAAGUGGACGAUUCACUACUUCCAAUUCAAGAGGCUCUGUUGACCUAUGCAGAGAUUAUCUUUCUAGUUCAAAGCAGGAAUCACUAGAAUUUGAUCAAGACUCAAGCAAUUCAGAAUAAUUACUUCAACUGUAUAUAAAUCAAUCAUCCAUGGUAAAGGGUUCAUACAACUCUUCCUAACGUACAAUCUAGGUGAUAAAGGGGAUUACUCCAUAGAGAGAGAGAGUACAGUUAUGUCAGAUGUAGACAGUGACUGGGCUUCGGUAUAUUUGGUGGAGUUCAGCCCAGAGGAGGAUGAUCCUAAGAUUGCAAAAACAUCACUUUUUCUUGUUUUUUCCUUCAAUUUUAUUCUUCCAAACCUUUUAUUCUUCAAUUUUUUCCUUCAGUAUAUUAAAGAUGACUGUUAUACUCAUCAUUUUGGAAGGAAAAUGGCAACUAACAUGAUCGGGAAAGUUCUUGAAGCAGGUGUGUUUACCUGCCAAGACAUGGGUCGUAUUUUUGUCAAGGUGAAGGCUUUAAUUGACUUCACCAAACCACUGAGAUCGCAACUAAUGUCGGUAGUGAGGAUACGAGCUGCUUCUAGGUCAAACUAAAGUAUGAAUACCUCCCGAUUUUCUGCUUUCGUUGUGGAAGGGUGGGACACAGGCUUCGUACUUGUCAUUUUGAUCCUCCGACUCGUAAGGAGAAAUUCGGUCCACACAUGUCUACGAAAAAACUAGGGAUUAAAAUAUAUGAUGAAGCUGAUGAUUGGCCAUCUUUUCCAGGCAUGCCACAAUUUGUUUGGGUGAAUAAGGGUCGGGGUGCGCGACAGGUGGCUCCAACUACUAACGCCCACCAGCCUGACAAUGAGGUGCGUGCGGAUCUUUUAGAUGCACGGGUAACUUUGAUUUAGCUGUGCAUUCAUAUAUUCCCUCUCUAGCUGGGAGAAGCAAAGCCCGCAGUGAGAGGAGCCCUCGAGGCUUCUCGAUUGCUCGUGCACCCAAAAUCGCUAACUUGCAGGGCCAACAACAUAUGCAUUUGUGAGAUGGGGCUGGGGUGUUUAUUAAAAAAGAUUAUCCGGGUCAAUUGCAAUAUGAGAGGGCUGUCGAGGUCCCACGACGAGUUAGGACUAUUUCGACAAGACCGACUCGUGAUGAUAGGGAUCAUUAAAGAUUCAGGCAGAAGUCGAGGACUUUGAUGGCUGAUUGUCAGCAACCAUGUGCGCCGGUUGUCAGGAGUACUAGUGAGGUUCCAGUUCAACGCCGCAAGUUGGAGUUGGCUGAGGAGGAAGAGGAUGUGGAUCGUCCACAACCUCUCCCCAUGCACUCCACUGAACGACGUGCGACACAACGUCGCGUCUUGAGAGGCACGCACAAUAUUCCAGCAAUGGAGAAGGGUAAGGGUAAACAAAGUGAUGCCCCUCUCCCAGUUUGUGGUGAGUAGAAUGGGCAUAAAGUGACCCCAUCAUCUCGGAUCCAAAGAUCUACUCGCAGGACGGGUAUAGCCCAUCAAUCGACUGCCUCCUCGAGCUUUGGCCGGCAUGUUAUGCUCCAGUAGGAUGAGAGUAUAAGAUCACAUUUAAUGCAGCUGCUGACGGAUGAUUCUAAGGAGGAGUGGGUGCUGGACUUUCAAGGUGGGGCUGCUACCUUGAUCUCCUCUCCAUCUCAAAACUAGUCAUCACUUGUGCAGCCACCGGUCGAUGAUGUGCUCACUGACCAUGCCAAAGUGGACCUCAAACUAGUAUUGCUUUUUGUUUGAUGAUUGAUAAAACUCAAAUUAUAGUGUCUUCAAUUUCCUAUAUUUGAUACAAUUACCUUUUAUCGAUGCAUCUUUAGUAGUUUUGGUUCUAUUUUCUAUGAAUAUUGUAACUACUUUAUUAAUGUGCUUCUUUUUUACCUUGAUUCUGUUUCAAUAUUCAUUUAUGCCUUUUUGGUAUUACUUUUUUCUUUCAGCGUAGAAUACAAUCGAGGAUAUAACCUAUUGGAUAAAUUUGGACGACUAAAUGAGAGGAAGUCUAUAAGAUUAAGGAGGUUUUCAUUUAUCAAAUAGAGUCCAAAUGAGCAAAAAUCCUACUGGGGUGGUUUAAGCCCAAGAGAAGUUUGCCAGAAAAAAAUCAAAGUAAACGAUGGAAGCCCACCACGGUGAGUCCAAUCGCUGUCCCAGCAUCGCAAGACCAAUCGGGCCAAAGUUAUCCAAGAGUUAUCUUAUGGAAUUAACAAAACUUCAUAUGAAGUUCUACCCUUUCCUUUCAAGAAAGGUUUUCAAUCUACUCUUCAUGUUAGCAUCCAUCAUGGUGAAUAAGUUCUUUCGAAGAUAUGUUGGAGAUCUUUCAGAGUUCUAUGGAGAUGCCUUCAUCAUCAAUGGCGAUAUCAUCUCUCUCUUAUGUCUAGCUAAAGCCCUUGUUAUUUAGGGAUUUGAUUUCUACGAUGCUUCAUGCAUCGCUCGCAAUAAUUUAAUGAGAUGCCU